AUGAGGGCACAACCACUAUUGAUCUCGUGGCAUGACGAGAACAGCCCAAUCUACAGUACACAUUUCGAAACUCAUGGCAAAGGCCGAUUAGCUACUGCUGGGGGAGACAAUAACGUUCGGCUAUGGAAAGUGGAGAAAGAAGGCGAAGAAAGGACGGUGACUUAUCUGACGACCUUAAUCAAACACACACAAGCUGUGAAUGUCGUGCGAUUCGCACCGCGAGGGGAGAUGCUCGCAAGCGCCGGAGACGAUGGGAAUGUCCUUUUGUGGAUACCCUCAGACAAUCAUUCGCACGCUUCAGGCUUUGGGGAGGAUGCCCUCGAAGAUAAAGAAACAUGGCGAAUUAAGCACAUGUGUCGGUCAUCUGGCUCCGAAAUAUAUGAUCUGGCGUGGUCUCCUGACGGUGUCUUCAUCAUCACUGGGAGUAUGGAUAAUAUAGCUCGAGUCUACAAUGCACAAACAGGGCAAAUGGUUCGACAAAUUGCAGAGCAUAAUCACUACGUCCAAGGCGUUGCCUGGGAUCCCCUAAACGAGUUUUUAGCGACGCAGUCUUCUGACCGAGCAUGUCACAUAUACAGUCUGAAGAACAAAGAUGGCCAAUUUACGCUCAAUCAACACAACAAGGUGACCAAGAUGGACCUACCAGGCAGGCGAAUAUCUUCCAGCAGUCCAGCACCACAGGAUACGAGCUUGAGGCCUCAUAUGACACCAGAUCUCUCACAUGCGCCAGGGUCGCCGGGUCCAGCUUUGUCAAUGCCCGGUACCCCAUCUUCGCUCAAUCCUAUGAACCCACCAACGUCUCACAGCCGGCGGUCCUCCUUCGGCUCGUCUCCAGCAGUGCGUCGUUCAGCAUCUCCUGCGCCUUCGACUAUGCCGCUACCUGCAGUGAGGCCUAUGGAACAUUCUCCAAACCCAAAUUUCAAUCUCAGAGCUAGCACAGGAGUCAGAAAUGCAGGGAUUUAUGCGAAUGAGACGUAUACAUCUUUCUUCCGGCGGCUUACCUUCGCACCUGAUGGAAGUCUCCUCCUCACGCCGGCAGGGCAGUAUAAAACAUCAACCAUAUUUGAGGGGAUCAAGAGUAGUGAAGAGAUACUCAAUACCGUUUACAUUUACACCAGAGCAGGACUCAACCGACCACCCAUCGCCCACCUACCAGGACACAAGAAGCCAUCGAUAGCAGUACGAUGUUCUCCGAUCUUUUACACACUUAGGGCAGCGCCGAAGACGACGACUAACAUCACAAUUGACACGUCCUCAGCAGAGGAUGCAAUUCCCGCAUUGCCUGAUCCAAUGAUACCAGCAAAACCGCCAAGCACUCAUGCAGCGAUGGAGCCACCUCCUUCUGCUCCGCUGCCAUCUCCGUUGGAGAACUCGAGACCUACUUCUUCGCCCAUGCCGCAAUACGAUAAGGAACAGAGUCCAGCUACUAGCCCACAGUCUGCCUUCUCUCUUCCGUAUCGCAUUGUAUACGCUGUUGCGACACAAGAUUCUAUCUUGGUUUACGAUACGCAGCAGCAGACGCCAUUGGUUGUAGUCAGCAACUUGCAUUAUGCCACGUUCACUGAUCUUGCAUGGUCAAGCGAUGGUCUCACGUUAAUGAUGAGCUCCUCUGACGGUUUCUGCUCGAAUCUGGCAUUCAGCCCUGGCGAACUGGGGCAAACCUAUGCUGGACAUGUGCCAUCUCUCCACCACCCUACGCCGGCGCCCAUCUCUACGUCAACGUCAGCACAACCUACACCAAUUCCAACACCAACAGCUAUAUCCGCCCCCGUAGGCUUUGAGAAACCCGGUACUCCAGCGCCGCUACAUUCUCCAGCCCCACCACCGCCUCCGAGUCCCACUCGAUCGAAUUCAAUCUCGUCGAUUGCGACGGAGACAUCUCAACCUAUCAUCAACAACCCCACACCAAUCAUGGGAAGUGUUCCUAGCGUAGCCGCCACAAACCCUUCCUUCAGUGGCCUGCCCUGGACAACGCCUCCGGAGACACCAAUGUCCGGAAUCAUUAGUCGACCGAGCUCAGUGGCGGGCAGUGUGCUUGGUAAGAGGGAUACCAGUGAGUCUGAGAAAGAAGAGCAGUCGCGUGGAGCCAAGAAAAGACGAAUCGCGCCCACGCUGGUCAAACCCGACGAAACGAUUUGA